UUCGUUUUGCUCAUUUAUUGGUCCUUUUUGAACAGGUCCUACUGGUGGAAUCAAAUGAGAUACCAGUAUCUACUUGAUUGGAUAGAUAUUCUUUGAUUAAAUUGGAUUGAAAAUUGUAUCACUUGAUAAUGAAAACUGUAUACCCAUAUGCGCCAAUGUCGAUUUAGCCACACAAACUAAUUUUAAAAAAUGAUCUCUUCUCGUAAAAUGUCGUUCUAGGCACAGUCAUCCAUUAGCUUUAUUCGAUCUGAAGCGAAAUAAAGAAACAAACUUACUAAAAUAAAACAUUUAAGCGUGUAAUAUAACUGCAAGAAUAUUAUGGAUAAAAGAAACGACAACAAUUGCCUUUCCUGUAGAUUAUAAAAUCCUGCUUUAAAUCGUAGAUGGGGACUAAUUGUCGUGUCAUCUCUAGAAUUAUUGCAUUACUGAUCUAAAAUUGCAUUAUUUACAGCAAUAUGCGCCUCACAUGUUAUAUAUACUGGUGUUUAACAAUGUAGAAGAGUGCUAUAUACUAUAGCUGUGUAUAUAUAUAUAUCAUGGAGAACAAGGAGGAGAAGGAUGAUCAUGCUGAGCAAGCAGUCAUCAACUACAGGGGAAUUAAAGCUAUGCCUUUUAUCAUUGGAAAUGAGACCUUUGAGAAGCUUGGCACCGUCGGCUCAACGACGAACCUUGUGGUGUAUCUGACGACAGUUUUCAACAUGAAAAGCGUUACUGCCACCACUGCUAUCAACAUCUUCAAUGGUACUGCAAGUAUAGCCACUCUGGUUGGAGCCUUCCUUUCUGAUACUUAUUUCGGACGCUACAAGUCAUUGGGUUUUGCUUCUGUAUCUUCUUUUUUGGGAAUGUUGGUGUUAAUGCUAACAGCAGCGGUUCCCAAUCUGCAUCCUUCCAAGUGUGUAGCAGGAGAGAGCAGCAACUGUAUAGGGCCCGCAGCUUGGCAGUUAGCUUUCCUCUUAAGUGCCUUUGGAUUCUUAGUCAUUGGAGCUGGUGGUAUUAGACCUUGCAAUUUGGCCUUUGGAGCUGACCAAUUCAAUCCCAAUUCUGAAUCAGGCAAGAAGGGUAUCAGUAGCUUCUUCAAUUGGUACUACCUUACCUACACAUUUGCAGUGAUGGUAUCUGUCACUAUUAUUGUCUAUGUGCAAUCUGAUGUUAGUUGGGCUAUUGGGUUGGGUAUUCCUGCAUUGCUAAUGUUCCUUUCUUGUACUCUUUUCUUUUUGGGAACAAGAAUUUAUGUCAUAGUUAAACCUCAAGGUAGCCCCCUAACAAGUGUAGUUCAAGUACUAGUUGCUGCUGCUAAGAAGAGAGAGCUGAAGCUUCCUGAAAAUUUAGCAUCGUCUCUUUUCAAUUUCUGUCCUUCUAGUUCUAUGAAUUCCAAGCUUCGUCAUACAAGUCAACUUAGUUUCCUUGACAAAGCAGCGAUAGUUACGAGCGAAGACAAAAUCAACUUGGAUGGAUCAGCUACUAAUCCCUGGAGACUUUGUAGCAUCCAGCAAGUUGAAGAAGCGAAAUGUUGGGUGAGAAUAAUUCCUAUAUGGGCAUCAGCUAUAAUAUUUCACAUUCCUUUGAUACAACAGAACACUUAUGCUGUUCUUCAAGCACUUCAGCUAGACAGACGCUUAGACGCCACUGAUUUUACUGUCCCUGCAGCAACAUAUGUAAUUUUUAUUAUGAUUACACUUACUGUUUGGAUUCCUAUAUAUGAUCGACUUCUAGUUCCGUAUCUUGAAAGACUCACUGGCAAAGAUGGUGGAUUAACAUUACUUCAGAGAAUGGGUAUUGGGAUUGCUCUUUCGAUUAUUUGUAUGCUGGUUUCUGGGUUGGUUGAAGAACAUAGAAGAAAUGUUGCUUUCAUUAGGCCAACACUUGGAAUUUCACCAAAAGGAGGCUCUAUAUCAUCAAUGUCUGGUAUGUGGCUAGUGCCUCAACUUGCACUUGCAGGACUAGCUGAAGGUUUCAAUUAUGUUGCCCAGAUUGAGUUUUACUAUAAGCAAUUCCCGGAGAAUAUGAGGAGUAUUGCUCAGUCACUCUUCUUUGCAGGCUAUGCAAUCUCAAGUUAUCUAAGUGGUUUCCUUAUUUCUAUCACCCAUCAAAUUACUUCAAGGACAAAGACUGGAGAUUGGUUGGCUGAGGAUCUUAACAAGGGAAAAUUGGAUUACUAUUAUUACAUGAUUGGUGGGCUUGGGUUGCUUAACUUUGUUUAUUUCUUAGCAUCUGCUAAGUGGUACAGAUACAGAGGUGCUGAUGACAGCACGGACGAAAAGGCCAAGGAAACGAAGAAAUCCCUUGUCUGAAUUGUAAAAGCAUGAGUUGAUUUACAGAAUUACUUGUAAUACUUGCUGAGAUUUUACCUGUCAAAGGUUGAUUGAAAAAAGAACUAGCUAUACAACUGUUGAGCACUUGCAAAUA